ACGGAAUGGGGCGAGUCCUUGCUCAAGAUGUAUAUGCAAAAGACAACCUACCCCCCUUCCCAGCAUCAGUAAAAGAUGGCUAUGCUGUCCGAGCUGCUGAUGGCCCAGGAGAUCGUUUCAUCAUUGGGGAAUCCCAGGCUGGUGAACAGCCAACUCAGACAGUAAUGCCAGGACAAGUAAUGCGGGUUACAACAGGUGCUCCAAUCCCCUGUGGUGCUGAUGCAGUAGUACAAGUGGAAGAUACUGAACUUAUCAGGGAAUCAGAUGAUGGCACUGAAGAACUUGAAGUGCGAAUUCUGGUGCAAGCUCGACCAGGCCAAGAUAUCAGACCCAUCGGCCAUGACAUUAAAAGAGGGGAAUGCGUUUUGGCCAAAGGAACCCACAUGGGCCCCUCAGAGAUUGGUCUUCUGGCAACUGUAGGUGUCACAGAGGUUGAAGUUAAUAAGUUUCCAGUGGUUGCAGUCAUGUCAACAGGGAAUGAGCUGCUAAAUCCCGAAGAUGACCUCUUACCAGGAAAGAUUCGAGAUAGCAAUCGUUCAACCCUUCUAGCAACAAUUCAGGAACAUGGUUACCCCACAAUCAACUUGGGAAUUGUGGGAGACAACCCAGAUGACUUGCUCAAUGCCUUGAAUGAGGGUAUCAGUCGUGCUGAUGUCAUCAUCACAUCAGGGGGUGUAUCCAUGGGGGAGAAGGACUAUCUCAAGCAGGUGCUGGACAUUGAUCUUCAUGCUCAGAUCCAUUUUGGCAGGGUUUUUAUGAAACCAGGCCUGCCAACAACUUUUGCAACUUUGGAUAUUGAUGGUGUGAGAAAAAUUAUUUUUGCACUACCAGGGAAUCCUGUAUCAGCCGUGGUCACCUGCAAUCUCUUUGUUGUGCCUGCACUGAGAAAGAUGCAGGGUAUCCUGGAUCCUCGGCCAACCAUCAUCAAAGCCAGGUUAUCAUGUGAUGUAAAACUGGAUCCUCGCCCAGAAUACCAUCGGUGUAUACUGACUUGGCAUCAUCAAGAACCACUGCCUUGGGCACAGAGUACAGGUAAUCAGAUGAGCAGCCGUCUGAUGAGCAUGCGCAGCGCCAAUGGAUUGUUGAUGCUACCUCCAAAGACAGAGCAGUACGUGGAGCUCCACAAGGGCGAGGUGGUGGAUGUCAUGGUCAUUGGACGGCUAUGAUGGUCACCAGCAGAAGAAAGCUUUGAUGCAUGUCCACAUAUCAUUGACUGUAUCCUGUAAUAUGCAAUGGCACAGCUAGUUUUUCUGACUUGGAUAAAAGUUGAUCUGUAUAGUCAACAUCUUGAACUAUAUUUCAAAUGAAUUUAAAUACCUUUUAAAGAAAAAAACACCUAAAAAUAAAUCUUAACAGACAACUCUAUUCUGAUUAUAUCAAAGCAAAUUUUUCCUUUCUUGCAAAUUGCUUUGUGUGUUCAAUGCUAGGUCUGAUAGCGAUAGCUUUUGGUAGACAGCAGUAGGUGCCUGCAGAACUUGUGUUUUUCUCAUCUUUAAAAUACAACUACUUAUGCUCUUAAAUCAAGGCUGUCUGCUUAUUUAUACUAAUGUAGGCAACCCUUGGAUUUCCCUUCUUAGCAUACUUCAUAACCGCUUUACAGAGAGCUUUUGCUUGUUCUUUAUCAGUGUCUCGUGUUUAUGUGCACAGUGCCAAAAGAAGACUGACUGGGUGGAGGACCUGCCCUUCCUCAAGCAUCAUCCCCUGCAGAGCGUCCAGGGCAGCUUCUCACCCUAGUAGCCUCAUGGCACAGUACUCUUGGACAGUAACUGGAUACCUUUUAUUUGAACAAACUGAAGAAAAAAUGCUUCCUUAAGUGCUGACAGCCUUUUUAACCAAUACAUUUAAAAUUGUACAGAACAAAAAAAUAAAAUCAAAGACUGAUCUUGUACAGAUAUUAGUGUUACCAGCAUUCAUGUGGAAAUCAAGAACAAAGACAAAAUAAUAUUAAAUGACUCUGUACCAUAACAUUUUCUGUAAUGAUACUGAAACUUAAUGAAUAAAAAAAAAAAAUCCUUGAUCAUUAUUUAAAAA